AUGCCUACAGAGCUGUCUGAAUAUUUCAAAUCUAUCUGGAAACGGUUGGGGGACGAUGGAAAGAGAUACAAAACCAAGGCUGCCAAUAUCUUCUUGCUCCUUUUGUCCUACGGGGCGUUUGAAGAUCAUUUCUUGGUCAAUGGAGGUCUCGAUUGCCUGUCUUUAAGCCUGGCUUUAACACCGGACACUGCUCAUACGCUCAUAAUUGGGGUGGACAAUAUUCGGCUAGCAUCUCUCCUUGAGAUGUCUCAACGUGCCGAAAAAAUGGUCUUAUCGCAUUGCGCUGGGCUAGUUGAGCUGCUGGAUUUGGUCGAGGGACCAUUUGAAGACUGUGUUUACUCCAGGGCCCAAGUGACGAGUGCUACAAGGGAAUGUCGAUCCAUACACAGAACGGCAAGAGACUUCUUCGCCGAUACACCAGAAGGAAAAGAUCUCCUUGACUCUAACAACAUUGGUGUCGAUGGUCCCGACUUCCACCUGGUGCAGGCCUUUUUAGCCCGUUCAGUCGCCUUCAGGAAAUCAGAACAUACCGGCUUUCCAUCCAUGGCUCUAAGAAGUAUAGACAUCAUCGACUUCUUCCGACUACUCGGAUCAUCGCGUUUUACCAUCCAGCAGCGAUAUUUCCUAAUUGAUCUGUGUCACAAAGUCUUCUAUCGGUUCUCGGGUCACCCAGGCAACCCUUUUUUUGAAGGAUGGACAGUUGUCGAGUCUUUCCAUCACAUUCGACCUUUUAUUAGUGAAGCAGCAUGUUGGGGCCAUAGCGACUAUGCAGCUCAGUUGAUGAAAGACCAAGCCAUCGGCGGACGUAUCUUCUCUCCCGAGGCCUGCGACAUGGUCUUGAAAGAGAGUUUGAUGGGGGGUAUUUCCUAUCGCGCUAAUACGAACUCGCUCUCGUUCGCGAGCCUACUCACUUUUGAUUCAAUGUUUGGGUCUGCUGAUAAGCUCAAUAUUCGUCUCCCACUUGCUUGUUUUGGACGACACAAAGGUUAUGCCGCCGAAGUCGCCAGCUCUCGUAAUAUAUAUUCGACUUCGCAAAUGAUCUUGGGAGUCGUGUUGGUCGCGUACCAUCGUGGUUGGACUAUGGACCGACAUGGAGGCGAAAAUAUUCUCUAUCUCCUAAAAUCCCUAGCUACCCCGGAUGAGCGUCUUCUUGAGAACAUUUUAUGCAUAUGCUCACUGAGUUAUGUGACUCCCGAGUUCGCAGUAGUGAAGUUUCACUUUCCUUUCAUGAUAAUGCCGGGUACCAAAGGGGCGUCGGGUUGGGGUGGCGAUCAGCAGGAGGGAGUUCAUUUGGUGUUCGAAACUAGCCCACUCUGGUUGAUACAGUAUCUGAACAAAAAGAACGUUUGGCGUGACACGAGGGAAUCCGUCAUUUUCUCGCACGGUCUGAAAGAGUUUGUCCGCUUGCACGACCAAAGCGGUCGAAGAUUGCAAAAGCCACGACCUAUUCUACUGUUCGAAUACACUGACAGCAUGACAUUGAUGGGGUCAGAGCACACAAUGAUCCCCAUGCCAACAGAACUGAAAAGAGUACCACCUGAAGCGGGUCGUGAUUUGAGCGAGAUACUGGGCAUGCUCUACGAUGACGACCAGGAAGACGUCAGCUACGCCUUGUGGGAUCGGGCGUGGGGAGUGUGGACAGAUCCCUCAACAGAGCGAAUAGGGACGGAGAGGGUUGAAGAAAUUCUUGAAGAUCAUGGAAUUCUGUGCUCAGAAGAAGAGAAGAGAAGGCUUUUGGCGAUGUGUAACAUCCAGGCGUGGCGCGAAGGCGCAGAUAGCCCCGAGGAAACACAAGGCCGAUUUGUGGUUCCUCCAAAAGGGGCUUCUAAAGAGCAAGAGGCGUUGAGCCAUCUUACAAUGCGAUUCGUCCGAUAG